UAUCCCAAACUUAGUGGAACCCUUUAAGGGCAGAACAGAUAAUACACGUUUUUUGUUCCUUUUUCAUCACCCUCUCACCGUUACUACGUAAACCUGAUUUAGAAGUGCAAAACACAAAGCCUAACCAAAGGAUUCGUUGUGAUUUUCUCUUCUCUGAGUGCUGAAAGAAUUUGAGCAAACUUCAGGUCUGAAAUUAUGGCGAGAUCAUUAUCUCAAAUAAUGUUGAAGCGUUUUGCAGCCUAUCCGCUUGCACGUUCAUCUGCUAUUACAUCAAGGUCUAUCUACCAGGGUGAAGUGCGGUAUUCAACUAGUGUGCCUAGUGAUCCUGACACUCAUGAAGAUUUUAGACCUAUGAGUAAGCUUGAGAGUUCAGGUCUUUCUCUGGAGAAUAUUGUUGAGCAGGAUGUCAAGGAAAAUCCUGUGAUGAUAUACAUGAAAGGUGUUCCCGAAUUUCCUCAAUGUGGAUUCAGCUCAUUGGCUGUCAGAGUGCUGAAAGCAUACAAUGCUCCUAUAAGUGCCAGAAAUAUCUUAGAAGAUCCCGAGCUUAAGAAUGCUGUAAAAGCUUUCAGCCACUGGCCCACAUUUCCACAAAUAUUUAUCAAGGGGGAGUUCAUCGGUGGAUCAGAUAUCAUCCUCAAUAUGCACCAGAGCGGUGAACUCAAGGAAAAGCUGAAAACUAUCGUGGCCAACGAGGGGAAAUCAGAAUGAGAUAAUGUUACUGCAGAAAGUAGAAUUGUUCUGCCUGUGUGUCGAACUAUUGUAAUAUUUCUAGCAUUGAGUUUGUAAUCUUUAGGCUUGCGAGCUGUAAUAAAAGUGACACUUAAUUCCAUAUUCCAUAUUUUAGUGGAAACGAUCAAAUAAUAUUCUUCA